GUCGAAAUAUCUCUAUUCUAAAUUCUACAACCUUGAAGAUUUUAGGCCCAUUCUUGGCAUCUCUGUUCAGGAUCCUCCCCGUACAGCUGGUUUCUUCGAUAAAAACACCUGAUACACCGAAUCAUGUUCUCUCAAAACGCCCGUUCUCCACGCUCAUUCUUUGUCUUGUUCUGUCUGUGGUCGGCUGUUGUUGUUCUGAGUGUUUUUGCUUCGCCUCUUCCCACUGGGGGCGACAGUAACAGACCAACAGGAUCCGCUCAAGUUCCUUCUCCUCCUGCUCCUACCCUUUCCUCCCAAAAUGGUGAAAUAAUCCGGAGCAUUCGAUUUGCCUACAGAUACACUGUCGGCAAACAUCCUGUCUUCAGAUUUACUUCAGUCGAGAAUGUACAUGCAUUUUACCUUGGUAUUGGCGACAUCGCACUCUCUGCACAUCCGCCGGAUAUCAGCAUAGGCCCUGUCAGCAAGGCACUGGACACACCGCUCGUCCCCACCAAAGAAUCAUACACGUAUGAUGACUUGUUGGUGCAUUAUUACCUCGAAGACAAAGGCACCCUUGGCAUGGCAAAGUUCAACGAUGAAAAGGAGGAGGAUAAGUUCAUACAAGAGGUGCUUAAGAUGGAGUUACCUCCAUCCAAAGAGUGCGAUAGUUUUGAAUUUAUCGAGCGUGUGAUGGAUAAGAUGGCGGGAGGAAGGCAUAUUGAUGAGCAGACCCAUGGUAAUUGGUUAGCUAUAUAUCAUAACAUGCAGAUGAUGGGGAAGUUGUAAGUCGGAGUUGUUGCAUAGAUCGUAGAAGCUCCAUCAAUGGAACUGAACCGGAAUCUUCAACAAAAGGAUUAUAUUCACUGUCAUUGACAAGCUAGAUCUUCGAGUCCAUACCACCUUCGCUUUUUUUUGCCCCUCUUGGGCAUAGGAAAAUCAACAUGUCUGCCCCUCUUUCCC